UAAAGUUUUUACUAGAAAUUUAAGUAGAAAUUGUGAUUUUUGGACAAAAAGGCUAAAUAUCCAAUCGCCGAAGGUUAAAAAUGCAAUCGAAACCUUUCCAAAUUAUUUACCAAAAAUUGUAGAAACAACUUUGGUAGAAAAAAAGUAUGCUGACAUUAAGUUAUUAAAGGAACGUGUAAUAAAUAUAGCGGAACAUGAAGCCCUUGCCAGAGAGCCAAUACACGGUAACCUCACGAUGUUUGCAUUCGACGCACUGGCACAUUCAACAGAUUUGAACGAGAAGAAAUUGCAUCAAAUACAAGUUUUAGCUUGGGGUGUAGAGUUGUUACAAACCUACUACAACAUUGGUGACGAUAUAGAAGACAACGCUAAGACCCGGUCAGGAAAACCUUGCUGGCAUCAGUUGCCCGGUGUUGGGCUCAUGGCAAUCAAUGACGCUGAUCUAAUACGGAGCUUUAUUUACGAAAUGGUAAAAAACAAUAUAGAGGAGCCAAUUGCAUGUACAGUGCAAAAUUAUCUUAAUGAGACAUAUUUUGCUUUGAAUAUCGGCCAACUAAUGGACAUAUCUUUGACUAGAUCAAAUGAUUUUGAUCAUUUCACAAUGGAAUAUUAUAAUUUAUUGAAUUAUUUUAAGUCUGCAUUCUACACAGUGAAGUUACCAAUAUUACUGGCACUUUCUAUUUGUAACUUACACAGUAAAGAAGCGUACAUGCACGUCGAUAAAGUAUGCUCCGAUUUAGGCAUACUUCUGCAAAUGCAGAACGAUGUAAUGGACUACGUUGACAGUAAGUCUGCCUCACUUAAAACAAGUUCGGACAUCCAAAAUAGAAAGUGUUCUUGGCCCGCGGUGGCAUUCUUGGAAAAUUGCAACAUCUCCCAGCGGAAAGAAUUCGAAUCGUGCUACGGACAAUCGGAACCUGAGAAAGUGGAACGAGUACGAAGACUUUACAAAGAAAUAGACAUUUUAAAAAUAUAUCGUCAACAUGAACAGAAAAGAUACGAAUCGAUGAUGGAACAAAUUAAACAAUUGCCAGUCGACUCUAUACCUUCUAAAGAGUUCUUUGUCAAAAUUUUAAACGUCCUUCAAAAUUAUACUGAAGAUAUAUCACCAUCAAAAUCUUAAUA